CUGAUUGCAGGGCAGACAGGCAGAGUGUAAAAUGGCGCACAGCUGUCGGUGGCGGUUCCCCGCUCGGCCCGGAGGGAGCAGCAACUCCGGUACCGGGAAGAGAGCGGGCCGAACCCGGGUUACUGCCUCUUUGCGGACUAUAUCGGGAGCCCAGUCAAACACAGCUGGACUUGGACCUGGGUUUGAUGCGGCACUACAGGUUUCUUCGGUCAUCGGGAGCAACCUGCAGAAAUUUCGGGAUGUUUUGGGGGAAUCGAGCGACUCAAGCAGUGCGGAGGAAGAACCUUUUCUGGGCUUUGGAACCUUUGCUGAACACACAGAGGCACAAAGUCCAUCAGGCCUUUCUUCAGCAGGCACACCCACACAGGAGAAGAAGCCCAGAGGCCGCCCCCCACGGGCUCUGACUACUCAGAAACCCGCUGCAAGUUUAUCACCACACUCAUCCCUUCCCUCCCCUACGCAGGCCAAACUCGAGGGUCCCGAACUGUCAGUAGAAAAGGAGAAAAGGACACCCGGGAGGCCACCUGGGACUGGAGAGAAGCGAAGAGGUCGACCCCCGUCUUCAAGCAACAAGAAAGCUUGGAGUUCAGGAAACCAUGCAGCAGACGAGGACAGUCGGGUGGGCGAGUCUGAGUUGGGUGUGGACGCGGAGGGGGAAAAGGACAAAAAGGCUGCAAAAAAGCCGCCAGCGGGCUCUGCUCUGCCUCACGACGCGGAGGCCAGGCUUUCCAAAGGUGGACGGAGUGAAUCCAAAGUUAAAAAACUGAAGAGGCUAACAGAGACUAAAGUGACCCCUCUGAAGCCACACCUCAAGACUUUGCCUGGUGUCCCCCGACGCAGGCCCGGCCGGCCACCUUCGGCCGAGCGCCUGAAAGCUAUAACUGCUGCACAGCUGUGUACCUUGGUUGAAGGUGGGGAAGGGAAACAUAAAGCAUUUAGAGGAAGAGGUGGAGACAGCGGCGUGGAUCAGCUCGCGAGUCAGCAGGCUACACUGAAGAAUGUAGAUGGGUCUGAUGACCAAGUCCCUUCGAGUGCAGCUGCUUCCCCUUCUCCAUCUAAAUUGGGUAAGCCAGUAGGCCUCAGAAAAAGCCCCCGACACGUAAAGCCCGUCAGAAUAGUCCCCCCUUCCAAACGGACCGAUGCGACCAUCGCAAAACAGCUCCUGCAGCGUGCCAAGAAAGGAGCACAAAAGCGCAUGGAGAAAGAGGCCGUUGCUACAGGGGGCAGCGUGGUCUCAUCCACCGACGCUGGGAUCCGAAAAACCCAACUAAAAAACAUCCGGCAGUUUAUCAUGCCCGUAGUAAGCACUGUUUCCCUCCGCAUCAUCAAAACCCCCAAGCGCUUCAUUGAGGAUGAGGGCAGUUUUGGAACCUCGACAACUCUCGCGAAGAUCCCGCGGUUAGAGACGCCCGCCUCAGCACUUUCUGCACCUGCUCAGACCCCGUCUACCACCUCCUCAUCCCCUUCUCCUGCACUUGUUUCGGUCACGGUUGCCACCGCUAGCAGUGGCGUGACCGCUCCUACUGACUCGCCUCCUCAUACGACAUCUCCUGCGCCUAUUCACGCCGCCCCAUCAGCAGCUCCUAGUCUACUCAACAGCAGCUCCAACACGGCCAACGGGAGAUUUAGCAGCAGCGCGCCGUCUUGCGGCUCGAGUGCAGUGUCGCAGCAUUCCUCGCAGCUCUCCUCUGCGGAGUCUUCCAGGUCUAGCAGCCCGAGCUUGGACGACUCGUCCUGCGACUCCCAAGCGUCUGAGGCCACUCAGACUUUGUCAGAUCAGGAGGACAAUUCCCCAUCUUCUCACGGGGAGAGGGAAUCCAGUUUGCUGCACGAGUCCCAACCGCUCUCUCCCCCGUCGGAAACAGAGCCCGAGCACGUGCUGUUGGAUAGGAGUCGCAGAGGCCGCAGGGCACAAGGGGGGGUAGGUCGGGGGAGCCACAAACAGAGGGUCAAGGAGAGACUCGCCACCAGGGCUAAAAAGCCGAUUAUCAGCCCACCAACGGGAGUGCUGAUGCCCUCCUCUACAAUUGGGAAUUCCCAGCAAGCUUCAUCCACAGCCUCCUCUCCUUCAUCACCUCCUCCUCCUUCUUCUCUUCUUACUCUCACACAGCCUCCCCAAUCAAGUUCCUCCAGCUCAGCUGCCAUCAGUGAACACCUCCCGCAGCCAUCCUGGAUGCCCCACCCUAUCCCACCCUUUCUCCCCGGCUCACCCGUGCUCUCCAGCAUGUCAGACAAACGAAACCGUUCCAUUCUGAGGGAGCCCACUUUCCGCUGGACCUCCAUGUCCAACCCUAAGCAGCCCUGCUUUUCCUCUGCUAAGUACGCCAAGGAGGGCCUCAUCCGAAAACCAAUAUUUGACAAUUUCCGCCCCCCGCCUCUCACGCUCGAAGACGUGGGGUUGUUGCCCCAAGGCAUUUUAGGAGCCGGCGGGGCCGCUCCAGGUGCGUUUCCGCUGCCAGGCGCCGGAGCAGGCACGGGCACUCGUCUGUUCGGCCCCCUUCACACCCACCACCAGCACCCCUCGUCAGCCCGCUUCGACUCACCACAUACAAAGCGCAGCCCGUUGCUUCGGGCCCCACGCUUCACACCCAGCGAGGCCCACUCUCGAAUAUUUGAAUCUGUCACUUUGCCUUCGUCUUCUGGAAGCAGCCCCGGUUCUCUCUCUCCACACCAGAAUUCUUCUACUUCCACUCAAAACUUGCGCAAUAGGAGACGACCGGUCUCUGCGGCGCAUCGCGGCAAUACUCGGUCUCCGUCACACUCAAUGACCAGACGCAGCAGCCAAAUGGGAGGCCAUAUUUCUGUAGGGAAAAUCACAUCUGAAAUGUCUGUGCUGACCAGCUCCGUCUCCAGCGGGAACUCCAGCUCUUUGUCCGGUCCACUAGCCACUAGUGCCUUAGUGCCUGCUCCUUUCAGCACCUUCCCCGGUGUUUCUCUGAAUCUUGCUGCACAAGGAACACCUGAGAGCAGAAGAGGGACUAAUGGAACCCCAUCUUUGUCGACGCCACCCUCUGCUCCUUCUCCACUUUUCUCUGCUUUUCCAUCUAGUGCUCAGGACACAGGACGAGGAGCUGGCAAAGGAGGCAAAGAAAAGGCUCCCCAAGAGUCAGCCCCAAAGGAAAAAGAAAACGAUUUUGAGAAGAACCGGGAGAAAGAGAAGGAAAACAAAAGAGAUGGACGGAAAGAUUUCGAGAAGAGAAAUAAGACAGUUGUAUCAGACGAUUCCCCCAAUCCGCCUUCCAGCCUGUUUGGGGUGGAUAAGAGGGACUCGGACGGUGGCGUCGUACACCUUUCACCAAAAAAAACCCCAGGGAGAAAAAAAUCAACAUCCGUUGAAACCGUUUCUGACACUGCUUCCUCAGACGGGCGUGGCCUUCAUCACAGUUCGAUCGGUAAAGGUCGUCCACCUAAAAAAGGCAGACUGUCUGAGAAAGUAGCAGAAGCAGAAAAUGUGGAAAAGGACAAAGAGAAGCGAAGCACGCCCAACCAGCAGACAUCAAGCCUUCCAGGGCAGCCAUCAAGCAAACACCCGCUCCCUGUCUCCUUAAUAGUGAAGCAACCAGAGCAACAUCCUUUGCCAGAUAAGCGCAUAGUCGGACUCCUGAAAAAGGCCAAAGACCAGCUCAUCGCGAUCAAGAAGAAUAAGCAGAAACCUGCAGAGCAAAAUAAGGUCCAGGGUCAGGAGAGUGAUUCGUCAGAGGCCUCGGUCCGAGGUCCACGGAUCAAGCACGUAUGCCGGCGUGCUGCUGUGGCGUUGGGCCGUAAUCGGGCCGUGUUCCCCGAUGACAUGCCCACACUUAGUGCCUUGCCCUGGGAAGAGAGAGAGAAGAUCCUGUCUUCUAUGGGGAAUGAUGAUAAAUCAUCAGUAGCAGGCUCUGAGGAGGCAGAACCGCAGUCUCCGCCCAUAAAGCCACGGGAGACGCGGCAAAAAGCCGUUCAAGAAGCUCCACCCAAGAAGGGGCGUCGCUCGCGCCGCUGUGGCCAAUGCUCAGGCUGCCAAGUUCCAGAAGACUGCGGGGUCUGCACCAACUGUCUCGACAAACCGAAGUUCGGAGGACGAAACAUUAAAAAGCAAUGUUGCAAGAUGAGAAAGUGCCAGAACUUGCAGUGGAUGCCCUCAAAAAUGUUUCUCCAGAAACAGAGCAAAGACAGAAAGGACAAGAAAAAGAUCAAGUUGUCUGAGAAAAACCCUGUAAAAGGUCCCAGUUCAGAGUCUGCCCCUAAAGCUUCUCCUGCCCCACCAAAGGAGGAUCCUCCCUGUAAAAAGAGUGAAAGUCCCCCUAGAAAGCUAGGAGAGGAGAAAUCCAAACAGCUGCCGCUAUCAAAGCAGCCCUCUCCUGUCCCCUUGUCGAGCCCCUCCCCAGUCGAACCUUCUCAGGCUUCCAACACAGUCCCAUUAGAGGCUGAGUCUCCACCUUUGUCCAAGGAGGGCCCCAAGCAGCUCCCUGUUUCCAGCAAUACAAGCAGCAAAAAGGGCCUGAAACCGCAGCAGCCUGCACCGGCUUCUUCCUCUACGUCAUUAUCUUCCACUUCGUCUUCGUCGUCCUCCUCCUCAUCUUCUUCCUCCUCCUCAUCUUCUUCAGCCCACAGUUCCCCCUCCCAGUCAACACCGCCGCAGACGGCCCAACCGGCUCAAACGGCGCAGCAGCAGCCGUGGCCUCCCGCCAGCCAGCCGCCUUUAACAAAAGAGUCCUCACCCAAGAUUUCUCAGAGUGAGCCCAAGAAGAAACCCCAACAGCACUCAGCACAACAGCAGAGCUCAGUUACAAUAGCUGACUCAAAACAGAUAAAGAAGCCAACGUCUCGCUCUGUUCCUCCAUCCACUAAACAGAGACCAAAAGACAAGCCGCUGACCACUAAACCUCCCAGCAGCAGUACUUUAAACUUGCUGAGCACUCCCUCGACUAGGGACCAGGUGAAGCCCAGAGCGCCCUGCGACGGAGUGCAUCGUAUCAGAGUGGAUUUUCAGAGGGACCAUGACGUGGAGAAGGUGUGGGAGGCUGGAGGCCUCAGCCUGCUCACCUCUGUGCCUAUCACUCCAAGGGUGCUCUGCUUCCUGUGUGCAAGCAGUGGAAACGUCGAGUUUGUCUACUGCCGGGUAUGCUGUGAACCAUUCCAUCUCUUUUGCCUGGGGGAGUCAGAGCGCCCUCUUCAGGAGCAGUUUGAGAACUGGUGUUGUCGGCGGUGCCGGUUCUGCCAGGCCUGUGGGCGCCAGCACCAGAAAGCUAAACAGCAGCUGGUAGAGUGUGAUAAGUGCCGCAACAGCUAUCACCCGGAGUGCCUGGGUCCCAACUACCCUACCAAGCCCACCAAGAAGAAGAGAAUUUGGAUUUGCACCAAGUGUGUGCGCUGCAAGAGUUGUGGAGCCACUAAACCUGGGAAGUCCUGGGAUGCUCAGUGGUCUCAUGAUUUCUCCAUGUGCCAUGACUGUGCCAAACUCUUUGCUAAAGGUAACUUCUGCCCACUGUGUGAUAAAAGCUACAACGAUGAUCACUAUGACAGCAAGAUGAUGGAGUGCGCUCGCUGCAAACAGUGGGUUCAUGCAAAGUGUGAGAACCUUACAGAUGAAAUGUUUGAACUGCUGUCAAAGCUGCCAGAGAACAUUGCCUACACCUGUAUGAAAUGUGCUGAACGCCAUCCGGCAGAGUGGAGAUCCGCUCUGGAGAUAGAGCUCCAGGGCUGCAUCCGCAACGUCCUCAAUGCACUGCUGAACUCACGCACAUCCACACACCUGUUACGCUACAGACAGGCGGUGAAGCCUCCAGAGCUGAAUCCAGAGACGGAGGAGAGUCUUCCGUCCCGCCGUUCCCCAGAGGGCCCAGACCCUCCAGUCCUCACUGAAGUUGCCCCCACCACCCCUCCCAGUGACUCCCCUCCAGAUCUGGAGUCUGUUGAGAAGAAGAUGGAUCAAGGUCAUUACAGGUCACUGCUGGACUUUAAUGAUGACAUCGUGCGAAUCAUCCAGACAGCCAUUAAUGGUGACGGAGGCCAGCCUGAGGGUAGAAGAGCUAACAGCAUGGUGAAGUCCUUCUUCAUUCGGCAAAUGGAGCGAAACUUCCCGUGGUUCAAAGUGAAAGAGUCCCGGUUCUGGGAAAGCCAAAAAGUCUCUGCCAACAGUGGUCUCCUCCCCAACGCUGUUCUGCCUCCAUCCCUGGAUCACAACUACGCCCAGUGGCAGGAGAGACAGGAGCUGUCUCGUGCUGAGCACCCCCAUUUCAUGAAAAAAAUCAUUCCAGCCCCCCAGCCCAAGACUCCGGGUGAACCGGAGUUGCCUGCUUCUUCUCCUCCUCGACCUCCCAUGCUGCCACCUCCACCCACACUCCAACCAGAUCUAGAAGACGGUCCAGAGCCCCCUCCUCCACCUGGUGUCACUGACAACAGGAAGUGUGUUUUGUGCUUCAAAUAUGGGGAUGAGAAAAUUAAUGAGUGUGGCAGGCUGCUGUACAUCGGUCAGAAUGAAUGGACGCACGUCAACUGUGCUCUCUGGUCUGCUGAGGUGUUUGAAGAUGACGACGCGUCUUUGAAAAACGUUCACUUGGCCGUUCUCAGGGGAAAGAAAAUGUGCUGCGAAAGGUGCCAAAAAACAGGGGCCACAGUUAGCUGCUGCUUCACCUCCUGCACCAGGAGCUACCAUUUCAUGUGCGCCCGCCAGUGUCAGUGCUCCUUCUUAGAAGACAAAAAAAUCUACUGUCCAAAACACAGGGAUGUCAUCAGAGGAGAGGUGGUAUCGGGGUUUGAGGUAACUCGUAGAAUCCUAGUGGACAUGGAGGGGAUUAACUUCAAGAGGAAAUUUCUGGCUGGACUGGAGCCUGAAAGCAUCCAUAUGAUGAUAGGGUCCAUGAAAAUUGAUUGUUUGGGAAUACUGACUGAACUCUCAGACUGCAAACGCAAACUCUUUCCUCUCGGAUACCAGUGUUCAAGGGUGUACUGGAGUACCUUAGACGCUCGAAAGCGCUGUGUCUAUACUUGUAGGAUAUUAGUUGGCGAUCCUCCUGUGAGAGAUUCUGACUUGAAGAAUGUGAUGACUCCUGAGGAGAAUUACACUAUUGCACACAGCCCACCUCCCACUGCAGAUGUAGACUUUCCUGAUCCAUUUGAAUCACCGAGGCGCUCAGAUACACUGUGUCCCGCCAACACCCCUAAGCUCAGGGUUUAUACCAGAAACCGACACCCCAGUUACCCGCCUUGUCCACGCUCACUCGGCCCCAAGCUCAUGCCAUCUGCAGGUAUUACCGUACAACCCCAAGGCAAAGAGGUCAUGACAUUUGGGGACUCCCUGGUGAACGCUGGAGUUCAGAAUAUCGAGUCAAGACGUCACAGCUCCCCCUCUCUGUCUCCUCCUUCCUAUCAGUUAAACAAACAGCGAGGAGUAACUUUUGCAGCCCAGAUUUUAACACGACCCCUUACCUCGCCUCCUCCUCUUAUCCCCUCCCCCGCCAGAGACCCCGAAAAGUCCAGGCACCCCAGCAAAGACUCAGUGAAGAACCCAGUCCAGAGAGACAGUGAACGAGGAAGACCCCUUUCCGAAGAGAGAUAUCGAUCGCAACCAAACAAAAAGCAGAGUGUGAGAGAUGCAGACAAGAGCAGGAGUUCAAAUCGAGAUCAUCCAUCCAAAGAAUCUGACAAGAACAGAUCAGCUAACGAACUCAGUCAAAGAGAUUCUGACAAGGGCAAAAAUGUAACCAAAGACCCAGAAAAGAGGAGGCCAUUAAGUAAAGACUCAGGUCUAAAAGAAUUGGACAGGGUGAAACCUCAGAGUAGAGAUCCCUCAAAAGAUUCAGAAAAGCCAAGACCAGCAAACUUUGACAUGGGAAGAAAAGCGAGCAAAGAGUCCAGCAAUAAAGAGACAGAUAAGAGUAAAUCGGCUUCUCGAGACCCCAUCUACAAGGAUUCAGACAAAACUAGAUCUCUCAGUAAAGAUUCUGGAAUGAGAAACAUUGACAAGCACAGGCAGUAUGGUAGGGAAGCAGGAAAAGAGGGCAGUCAAGGGAAAGAUAGACCUCCUAGCAGAGAUUCUGAUAAAAGUAAGCAUCCAUCAAGAGAUUCCAGCUAUAAGAGCACAGAGAGAAUCAAAGAAUCUGGCUCAGGGAAAGAGGUUAACCCAGGCAGCCAAUGCAAACCAACUAGCACUGAGAACAAGAGCUCAAGACUGACUCCUGCAGGCUGUGGUCAGUCCUCUCCUCCAGUAGGCACUGCUGUUCUUUCAGGUCAACAGAGAAGUGGCAGCAACAACAAACAAGUAGACAAGGUGGGGAAACAUGGAGGCAAAGACCAAGACAUUUCUGCAAGCCUGAAUUUCUUGUCUCAUCACCGUUCUUUCAACUCCAACACAACAUCAAGCAAAGAAAAGCUCGGCUCAGGAAAGGAUAGCAUCAGCAGUACAAGGAAUACGGUUCCAUCUCCACUCCAAAAAGACUCUGUUGUUGGAAAAUCUAGUUCCCCGCAGAAGUCCAUCACACGGAAAUCCACUGAUCACACUUCAAGUCCAGCCACAGCAGCAGCUGCAAAGACUCAAUGGUUGUCAAAGGCGUCCGCAGAUGAAGACGUGAUCAAACGAGGCGCCAUGCCCGUGGCCUCUCCAAAUGCAGCUCCGGCUGCCAAAGACAAGCACCCCAAAGUUAAGGCGGCCGGCAGCAGAGAUGUGUCCAAAGACAGAGAGAAGAACAUUCCAAACAGCAACAGCAGCAGCAAAAUGCCACUCCUCAACAAUAACACAAAAGCCUCUGGCAGCUCCAACACUCAUGCUUCAAGCACCAGCUUCUACAACAGCAGCAAUAACAAAGUUCAAGUGCUUGGGAACAGCACCAAAGCCCACGGGAAGGGUCAGGGGGAGAAGCAUUGUAGCCAGGAAGGGGACAGGUCGUCCUCAAAGAGCAGGGACAGUUACAGCUGUCCGGAGAGGAAGAACAGCUCCAGUCUGGAGAGCUUACAGCACCUUCAGCAGACGAGUUUAGCUGCUGAGACGGUUGGAAACACCAACGUUCAGUCUUUCAUCAAACAGGCAGCUAACCAGCUACCACUGGCUUCCAGAGAGAAAAAGAGAUCAGUCAAGCUCUCCAACCCAACUCCACUGAAGACUGAUAAAAUGACCGACCCCAACGGUACUAUCUCUGCUGCAGGCAUUCCCCCAUCCUCCGGUCACACUUGCACUACCUCUGUCACUGCUGCUGGACAGGCGACUCACUCCUCUGUCCUGUCCGCCCUCUUCUCAUCACCAUCUGCCAGCAGCAGCGACAGCUCAGAGUCUGACACUCAGACUCAAGCAGAGGAGCUUCACAAAGACUACAACAAGCUCCGAGAUCGCCACAGUCUCCUUGCCGAGUGCGCAGAUGAUGAUGAUGGCCCAGAGGACGACCCUGACAGAGGUUUGGAUGACAAGCACCACGAAGAUGAUAGUGAUGGCUCAGGGUCAGCGAAGCGGCGGUACCCGCGUCGCAGCGCUCGUGCUCGUUCCAACACGUUCUUUGGUCUCACGCCUCUUUACGGGGUCCGCUCCUACGGGGAAGAGGACCUGCCCUUCUACGGCAGCGGUGACGGAGCGGGCGCUGUAGUCAAGAGGAGAACCGGCAGUCGUAAGAAGUCAGCGGAAGGGCAGGUGGAUGGAGCAGAUGACAUAAGCACCUCAUCUUCAUCGGGGGAAAGUGGAGAGGAUGAAGAUGGUGGAGUGAAACAGAGAGGCAAAGACCCAUACUACUACAACUUCACCCGGACAAUUAUCAAUCCUGGCGAGGGCCUUCCAUCUAUAGAAGGAUUAGACCAAUGUCUUGGAAGGGGGUCUCAGCUUCAGCGAUUUCUCAAAGAUGAGGAGCAGCAACAACAAAGAGUUCAAGAAAAAUCAGAGACGGACCUCCUGGGAUCUUUGACCCUCGGCAAGCAGCAAAUAGGCCAGCUCGACGGUGUUGAUGACGGCUCUGAGAGCGACACCAGUAUCUGCACCACCAGCACCACCACCACCACGGCCACCUCCACGUCCACACCGCACAAAAGCACUCCAAAGAGGAGAGGCAGGGAAAGGCACGCGGAGAAAACUGCUGGGCACGUUUCAAGCAAGGAGGCGGAUAACUGCAGUGGAGCUGUGAGCAGUAACACGCGGGAGAGCAGGAGGAACCAGAAGGAAAACUGCCUUCCUUUAGGAGGAAGUGUCAAGUCCCAGCCACAGAGCCAGGGCCAGGACCCCCUCGACACACCGCUGUCCCUCACCACAGACCUGCUUAAAUCAGAUUCCGACAACAACAACAGUGAUGACUGUGGGAAUAUUUUACCAUCCGAUAUCAUGGAGUUUGUGUUGAACACGCAGUCCAUGUCUUUGCCGACUUUAGGUCAACAGUCUGAGCCACUGCUGGAUGAGAGCUAUGUGGGAGUGGAUGUCAACAGACCUAAAGAUAUGCUGUUUGGUGACUUUCCCCAGCCUUUAGCGAGUGGUGAAAGUGGAGGGGUUGUGGAGAGCAGUGUUAAUAGCUCAAUUUCUGUGGAAGAGCCAUAUCUCCCAUUAGAGCUGCCCUCUGAUCUGUCCGUCUUGACCACACGCAGCCCCACCGUCAGCACAAGUCAGAACCACUCCGCCGGGACUCUUAUCUCAAAUACCUCAAACCGCACCAUUCUAGGCUUGAACUCGGACUCAGAGGCCAUGAGUGGAGAAAAAGGUGGGGAUAAGAAAAGAGCGGGGCCAGCUUUGUCCCCCUCUGAGAACCAGCACGACAGCACCGCUUUGGUAAACAGGGAGGCGCAGGUUGCAGAAGGUCACAUGACUCCCGAACAGUUUAUCGCCAGUCCCGCUGUAGGCCCGGUGACUGAAGCUCCAGCUAGUCAGGAUGUUCCAAGGAAUCCAGGUACCCCCGCUUUGCCGAGUUCUCCAUCAUUGCCUCUUCAGGGUCAGAAGUACCUCCCAGCUUCUGUGACUACUGCAGGCAGCCCCAGCCCGGUGCCUGGACCGGGACCUUCCCAGACUCAGGUUUCCAGUCCUGCUGUCAUCAAAUCCGGCCCCGACAAGCUUAUUGUGGUCCAUCAGCCCUUCCAGCCUCUGUAUGUCCUUCAGACAGUCCCUAACGGAGUCACUCAGAAAAUUAGCGCCACAGGAGUGAUGGACACAACUUCCCCCACAGUGCUAAGCUCCAUGACACUCACCACAGGUUUGAAUACCGGUUUAUCGUCAGGCCAGCCUAUGUUUCCUGGUGGGGGAAAAGUCCUUGGCACUAUACCUCAUGCCUCUCAGAUUCAUGCUUUCACCGGACCCACACAGGCAGGCUUCCAGACAGGAAUUCCGAGCACCACCUCCGGUCUUCUCAUUGGUCUUCCUUCUCAGCCGCACGACCAGUCCCAGAUUCUGGUCUCAGAAGCCGGACGGCCACACGAGUUGGGUCCUAGCGUUGCCAUCGUUUCCAGCCCCUCCUCCAUGAAUUCUUCCCCAGCCGUGCUGGCCUCCGCUCAUGGCAAGAAGCGUCCCAUCUCUCGUCUGCCAAGGAAAAGCAAAAAAGCGAGCCGGUCCCGCAGCCAGCCCACUCUAGCACCCUCUGACGUGGCCCCUCCCAACAUGACUCUCAUCAACCUGUCUUCCCCGCAGAUCACUGCCAGUAUCCCUGGCCAGCCGAGUGGUCUGGUUGAGUUAAGCACCCUGUCAUCUUCCCAGCGCAAGGUUCCCAAUAUCAUCAAGAGAAAAUCAGGGGGGUUCAUGUACUUGGAGCCCACUACUCUGAUACAGCAGAGAAUUUCUGGAGCCACCCAGUCUGGAAUUAUGGGUCACGAGUCCUCCACUCAUCUGAUACCUUGUACCGUCUCUGGCCUCAAUCCCAGUCAGUCCGUUUUGAAUGUUGUGUCUGUGCCCCCCAGCGGUUCCGCUGGCCUUCUCGGGCCUGGAUCGGUCUCCCUCUCCACCCCUGUUCUUAGCUCCACUGAGAUCACGGGGCCAAUCAGCAACCUCCUUUUUAAAGCAAGUCCCCAUGGUCUGGGCCUGUCAGACCAGCCAGUGGUCAUUCAGUCAGCUGGGACGGGGGCUUUGAUGCCACAGCUCAGCUCUCCUGUUCAAACAUCCAUAGCUAGCAGCAUUUGUGUCCUGCCUACUCAGCAGACCAUCACCAUGGCUGUCAACCGGCAGGGAGAGACAGAGGUUAAAAACGUGUACUUGCAGCGUCAGUCCCAGCCCGUCAGCAGAGCGCAGACUGUGGACUCCUGUCCAAACAACACUGUUGCUUUAUCCCCUAGCCCAUCUACACCUCAAAGCCCCGCCAAAGGACGCGUCGUCGGAGUGUUCACACAAGCACUCCCCUCUGCACAUUCCCAGAGUAGUAGAACAACACCCAUUGUAAGAUCGUCGGAGCAGAGGCUAAUCAAUUCUACCACGGCAGGAUCAGGCGCACUAUCAGAGAAAAGCAAACAGAAAGUGAAGAGGAGCAGGCAGAGCCUGGACUCCAGCAGCAGCAAAAAGCUCAAAGCCUCGCAGGGAGAAGACCAUCUCAACAAACCUGCAGGACACCUUCCACCCCUAAAACCAAGCUCCAAAGAUCUGAGCUCUCCUGAACCCAUGGACACAGCCAAGCCCUCAGAAAAAACAACCAGCAAGAGUGUUCUUGGUAACAAGAAGUCACCUGAAGGAACUGCUGCACCAGGGAAGCCGGUGGGAAAAGACAAAGCUUGUCCUGUUGGAAGAGCCGUGUCUGUUCCUGUGUCAUUACCACCCAACAAGGAUAGCAACGCCGAGGAUCCGAGCAUGGACAGCAAACCCAAAAAAGGAAUCAUCUUUGAAAUUUGUAGUGAGGAUGGUUUCCAUAUUCAAUCUGAGAGUAUUGAAGAAGCCUGGAAGUGCCUGACUGAUAAGGUGAAGGAGGCUCGCUCCCACGCAAGACUCAGCGAACUCUCUUUUGAUGGUGUGAACGGUCUGAGGAUGCUUGGUAUCGUUCAUGAAGCUGUGGUCUUCCUGCUGGAGCAGCUGUGCGGGUCCAAACACUGCCGGAGCUACAGUUUUCGCUUCCACAAACCCGAGGAGAGUGAAGAACCUCCUCUCAAUCCCCACGGCUCUGCCCGUGCAGAAAUCCACCAGAGGAGGUCUGUGUUCGACAUGUUCAAUUUCUUGGCCUCAAAACAUCGCCAGCCACCCGAGUACAGGCCACAGGAAGAGGAGGAGGAUGAAGGUCAGCUCAGGAUUGUUAGGCGAGCCUCCAUGGAGCUGCCUCUGACUGUCAGGUUCAAACAGCUCAAGGCCAUGUCCAAGGAAACUGUUGGAGUUUACAGGUCUCCUAUUCAUGGCAGAGGUCUGUUCUGCAAGAAGACCAUCGAGGCUGGGGAGAUGGUCAUUGAAUAUUCUGGGAAUGUAAUUCGGUCUGUACUCACUGACAAACGGGAGAAAUACUACGACACAAAGGGGAUUGGCUGUUACAUGUUUCGCAUCGACGACUACGAGGUGGUGGACGCCACGGUGCACGGCAACGCCGCCCGCUUCAUCAACCACUCCUGUGAGCCCAACUGCUACUCCAGGGUCAUCACCGUGGACGGCCAGAAGCACAUCGUCAUCUUUGCCUCUCGCCGCAUCUGCUGCGGGGAGGAGCUCACCUACGACUACAAGUUCCCGAUCGAGGACGCCAGCAACAAGCUGCCCUGCAACUGCGGCACCAAGAGGUGUCGCAAGUUUCUCAACUGAUUCUCCGGAACUUCUCUGAAGAGCAGCGUUCGACACCCUGCUUAGAGUUUGCCAUGGCUUUACGUCAACCUGUUGGUCUGGCCCACAAAGACCCUCGUCUGCAGAUUUGGAGAUUGGGGGUCACACUUUAUAUGCAGAAAGGGCCAUUUUUUGGAGGAUGGGCCAUUCCAGCUUUUGUGCCUCCUUUAGUCUAUUUUCAAUUUGGCAUUGGACAUUUCUCCUGAAGAGGUCAGUAACGACACAACGGCAUCGCAAUACUAACUUUUAUUUAUAUUUGGACGUUUCCCCUCCACAACAUAUUUCCACUCAUGUGAACAUAGAAUGACAAAAAAAAGUGAACAAACUUGGUUCCAUUUUUUACACCAAAGUGCAAUUUGCUGAGGGGACAGUGAUUUGACUAGAUUUACAGUGGUUUAGUGUUUUAUCGUCAGCUGUUAACGGUUCAGAUCUCCCUGUUUGAAUGUGCCCUGAUGCCUUUAGCGCUCUUUACGGUUUACGGAACAGACGGAAACACUGGAGGGAGCUCUAGCUACAGGACAGACGAGGGAGGCAAGGAAAAAAGAAAGAAAGAAACGUUAUUUUUGCUGUUGGUUUGAAAUAAAUCUGACAUUUGAUGGCGGCAUUUGAUGGAAGUCUGACCGCUUGGGAGCAACUUGGCUGUGGAGGAGAUGAAGUCUCUUGAUGGAGAGGGCCAGGCAGCUAGAGGUUCUGGUGGACUGACCAGCACGGGACCAGAGAAACCCACUGCUGUGCUUUGGUAUCAUUGAUUUUUUUUAUUUUUAUUUUGUGCACAGACAGGUUUGUUGCUGCUUUUUGUUCAUAAUUAGUUUAUUUUUGUGUGUAAACUUGAACUUUCCAGUUAUGUUCCAAAUUACAGCAGCAGGAAAACCAAACAUCAUGCCCUUAAGCUGACCGCUUUUCUUCUCGGCCUGUUGAGAGAACUAUCAUGAGAAAUGCUUUUUUUGUCUUUUUAUUACUGACAGGGAAAUAUGCUUACUUUUCAAAAGUGUAAAUAAUGUAUAUUUUUCUAAAAAAAAAAAAGAAAAAAAGAAAGAAAGAAAGUAAACGCGUUCAGUAGUUAAUAGCACUUAAUGAUGGUAUUUAUAUUUUUUUAAAAAUCGUAUUUAUUUAAUUGCCAUUUUUGUAGGAAAUAGAGGUUUACAAACACUAAUGCUUUGUUUUAUAUUCCACUUUUUAACAUUAUUUUUCAAAUUCAACGCCUGAAUGUUUUUUUUUUUUUUAAAUUCCAAAGACUGACGCUGGUCUGUGAGGGGGUUCCCUUUCUAAGUUCAGUCCACCAGUAGCUCUUCAUUCACCCCGGGCCGUUUUACCAGAGCUUUUUUCUUUUCUCUGUUCCAGUUCGAGCUGGUGAUACGGCAGAUAUGUGAAUUAUUGUUGUUGUUAUUAUUAUGCACUUGAGAGAGGUAGAAUUAUUGGUCCUUUUGCUGAUAUCUCUUUUCUCCAGCCUUAUUGUCGCCACAUCGAGUCUGCGUACUGGCUGCUCCCAGGGGUCAACGGGCACUUAAAUAAGCGUGCACAUUUUUUUUUUUUUUUUAAACUCCGAGUCACUCUGCAGACUCACUCUGAAACAAAGAGGUGCCUUUAAUUUAACCAUAAGCUCCAGUUCUCUGCAUAUCUCCAUCUGUGAACUGUGUUGUGGGUGGCUCACCAGAAUUUGGAAAAUUCGAUUUCUUGGUGUUUGCCUUAGUUUUAAAUGAGCAUAUUCCUGUUUUUUUUUUUUUUUUAACGAGGCGGGUUGUUUUGCUUCCACGCUUUGGUUGUGACGUCAUGGCCGUCAGCAGUUCCUCCCACACUGCCCCCUUUUGUCGUGAACUUAAGCUGAAAUAUGACCCACCUGAAAGGUUUGCACUUUAGCUGUGACACAGGCACUGAAUGGACAUAGGAAAAAACAUCUCCAACCAAUCUGAAACCACAAGCACUCACGGUCAGCUUAGGAGGCUUUGAGUCUGUGCACCGCGCUCUCGGGGUGCCGCAGCAAAGUGCACUUCUCUUGAUUCUUUCUCUUCAGCAAAAGUGAGGGCAGGGACCACACCGACAGCCCUCUCCUUCCUAUCGGGCUGCGUCUCCGCUGGCAGACCGGCCCCCGUACGGCGGCACCGACUGUGGGCUCGCUGGGUUUCUGCUGCUAAGGUCAACAAUGAAUGUAUCUUCUUCCUUCACACGACGUUGAAGCUUUCGUCAGCUGUAUUUGUUUUGAGUUAACCAUCCCGGUGAACACGGAAGAUGCGGACGAGGCUUCAAAAACGGGGCUCCAGCAGUGAUUUUUUUUUUUUUUUUUUGCACUGGGAAUAACUCAGAAGUGUGAGCAGCUGAAGGGAGCGCCGCUUCCGUCCACCGUAGAGCAAGCGCUUUCACGCGUUCAGCCUCGGCGGCGGAACAGCUACUGGCGCUAAGGGCUCCGUGCACGACUCUCACUUCAACAAGCUCCAGUUCUGCGUUUUUUUAGGCUCAACAAGAAGUUACUUUACAGAAUUAAGCUAAUCCAAUGAGGAACCGGCUUCUGUUGAUUCUCGGGACUUUGCUCCACGCCACACCAGUGGCCCUUCUCCGUCACGAUCUGUAAUUAUAGUAUAAAUACUUGACAACAUUAUACAGAAACAUGCAUAGUAAUUUCUUGUACUUUAGUAUCUAUAGAAUAUAUGGAAUGGUCAAACAAACUUAGUUACCGUAGCAAAACAGCGGAUUUAUAACGGUUAAAGCAAUGUUUCAAUGUACCUAUAAUGGUUUUGUGUUACAGUACUAUCAGCUAACGUGCAUCAUUCUUUUGUAUAUGGAUAUUCAGUACCACUUUUUCUGCCGUGCCUGCGCCGCUCCCCCGCCAGCGAGGAGCGCUGCAGCGUUUCUUUUCUUUUCUUUCUGGAGCAGAGCGGUUUUAAUGUGAUGAGAAAUGUUUUAAUGUGGUUGUGACUUUUUUUUUUUUUUUUAUCCCGGUUGUCAUAGUGAAUGUUUUGUAUGUUUUAACAGGGAUAUCAGAGACAUAAAAAUUAACAAAAAAAAAAAUAAAUUAAAAGAGAAAAAAGAUUGGGAGGACGUUUGUGACCUGAAGUUGGAAAAUACCACCAAUUAAAAAAAAACAAUUAUAAUUUUUUUUUUUUUUUUUUUUUGGGAAAAACAAACCAUCUCUCCACAGAAGCUUUGUCAUAUACUGUUGUACCAGAAAGUCAUCAUGCUGAAAAAAAAAAAGUUGAUGUUAAAAACCUUUUAUUUAUUUAUUUUGGGCUGCAUCUUUACCCAGAUUUGUACUUUUUACAAGAAGAGGAGGUCGGACGAGUACUUAACCUGUAUUUGUAGAUGAUUUUUACUUGUUGUGUAUAGACGUUGUCUUCCUAUCCAGGAGUUGGGGGGGGUGUCCCAGAGGAAGUAAGAUGUGCAGGAAGAGGGAUCAUGAACAGGCCUGCUUACUUUUUUUUUUUUUUACUGCCUUGAAUAUAUCUUAUAUAUCAACCCCCCUGCUCUGUGUAAUAACGGUAUUCACCAUAGUCAUAUAUAUAUAUAUUUUCUUCUCCAUUCAACAGUGUUUUUUUUUUCAAUACACAUCAACAAAAUGAAGGAAAACCACCAUGUGAAAAUAAACCACAAACUACUUGGUUGAAUGUAUAAUUAGGAAACAAAGUUGUACAUAGCUGUAAAAAGAAAAGUUUCUAAUCAUGUUUAUUUUCUAUGCACUUUUUUUAUUUAAGUGAUAGUUUAAAUAAUAAACAUGUCUCCUUUA